UGCCCAGCUCAGCCUCCCUCAUUCCAUCACAAGAAGGGUACUUGAGGGGAUCUGGCUCUCUCCCCCCUAUGUAUCAGGGGAUCACUCACUACUAAAUCACCAAUGGAAACCUCAGGACUAAGGACACCAUGUUCCCUCCUGGCUCUGGUUCUGCUCUCAGCACUGGUGCUGUCUCCAACCCUGGCAAUUGAUGUUUACACUGAUCGAGAGGUCUAUGGGACUGUGGGCUCCAGGGUGACCCUGUCCUGCUCAUUCUGGUCGAGCGAAUGGAUCUCGGAUGAUAUCUCCGUCAGUUGGCACUAUCAGCCCGACCACAGCCGCGAAAUGUAUUCGGUAUUUCACUAUGCCAAGGGCCAACCUUCUAUUGAUGCUGGGGUCUUCAAAGAUCGUAUUGAAUGGGUGGGCUCCCCAAAAUGGAAGGACGCCAGCAUUGUGCUGCACAACCUGGAGUUAACUGACAACGGCACUUUCACCUGUGAUGUGAAGAACCCACCCGAUGUGGUGGGAAAGUCUUCCUAUGUUCACCUUCAGGUCCAAGAGAAAGGUCCUGCACGUGCCGGUUUGAUUCUGGGGAUCAUAAUUGCUGUUGCCCUGGCCUUAGUCAUUGUGGUGACACUCCUCAUCUUGCUCAUUCGGUACUGCUGGUUAAGACGACAGGCCCGAGUACAGAGGGAGCUUAGUGCACUUGAGAGGGGAAAAUUACACAAAGCAAAAGAUUCAUCCAAACGCAGUAGCAGACAGACCCCGCUUCUCUAUGCCAUGCUAGACCAAACCAGAGGCAAAGCAAGCGAGAAGAAGGCCAAGGGCGGCAUCUGCGACUUCCGCAAAGAUAGGAAAUAGCAAUUAGCAGGCAGGGAAGGUACAAAGAAGGCAGAAGAAGAGUCCCCCCGCAGCUCCAAAGUGGUCUACACCAUCGAGAUGGAGCUGAAGGGGGACGAAGAAGGCGAUCAGCCCCACAGAGCUGCUGUAAAGUCCCCCAGUAAAAACAGCCUCAAAAACGCCUUAAAGAACUUAAUCAAAAGCGACUCUGAGAAACACACCUAAUUAAUAGCAGAGCAGUGGGGGCUUGGGAGUGGGAUGUUGCUGAGUAGGACAUUCCAGUUAUUUGGACGAACUUUGCCCAAGGCCCGGCCAAGCAAUCAGAUGUUUGCUUUCAUUACCAAACUGCACUAGAAAAAAGCGAACGUCCGUUUGGAUGCUGUGGGUUACUGGGCAAACUAUUCCCAUGUUACCAUAGUUCCCAGGUAACCUUUUUAGUCCUCAAAUUACUAUUUCCAUCAAAAACUUUCUGGCAAAAACCCAACAUUUUUGGUUCUAUUAAGAUGAUUCUAUACCUCUAUGGCUAUAGCAUUUUCUGAUUGGAAAUUCACUCUUUUUUCAACACUCCCAAAUUCCCACUGCUCAUAUGGCGCGGCUAAUGCCUUCAGUAACCUAUUUUGUGUCACGCAAGCCUAGACCAUCAGGUACCUUUCCCUGCGGGAAACGAGCAAGAACAUUCAGAGAAAACAAGGAUUAAUGUAGGACUCCUCUGGGAUACAGGGAAACCCAACUUAUCACUGCAGGAGUGACUGCUACGCAAUAGAAUGCAAGGUCAUUUGCAAGGUCAACCCAACGGGACUGCAUACUCACUGAAAUAUUUAUGUGAUCAAGGCACCAGCCAGAAGAAUCAUUACCACUGGUCAGACCUAAGGGACAGUAGGUUAUUCUUAUAUUCUCUAAGCUUGUGUUGGUUUUAGGUAGACCCCUUGGCUUCCAGAUACAGUUGGGUUCCUAAUGGUAGAUACAGACCAUCUGCUUAUUCUGUGAUGACCUUGAUCAUACAAGAUAUUGUUUACCCUUAAACUUUCCUUAGCUCUUCCUCAUGCAAACAUCAUUGGAUUUGUGGUCUUGUAAUGAUGGGUGGACAUAGAGUCUUGCCAAGUUAUGCAGGGUCAUAAUAUCAUCAAGGAAGACCAAGACCAUGGAUAAGUCAAGCUCACCCCAAUAUAUAUGGCAUAUCUUUGUUAAGACACCAUGUUGACCUUCAAAACCCACCCUUGGGUGGUGGCGUAUGUACAAGUAUUGCCUUUACCGCCUCUCUCUCCAGGGCAAUAUUUCUACGGUUCUAACUUCUCUGCUCCAGAAGUGAGAGAAGAAGAAAACUUUAACUCUGUCUCCGUUAACUUCAAGGCUGCUAGCGAGGCCUCGGUUUCUCUUAAGCGCCAACCAGCAAUGAAGUUAAAGAGAGACCUAUAAAAAAAGACUUCAUAUCCCAUGAUGCCAUCUGCAAGAGCUAAGGGUAGCAGAGUGGGACUAUGUAACUUAAUGCUUCCCUGGUUCCUCAAUUCUUCUUCUUGAGUUCUCUGCAGGCCUUGAGUCUGGAAUUAGUGUCCAUGUAGUUUAAUAUACACUGUUGUACUAUUGGUGUCCAUCCUAUGUACAUCUUCUUUUUUCCAUGGUGCUGCAUUAUAAGUGAGUUUUAGGCCAAGCAAUGGAGACAUAAUGAAGUUUCUUGGUUUAGAAUUUAUGAAAUAAAAACUCUUUUGGCUUUGUGCCCUCGUUCUCAUUAAAUAUUAACCACCUUGACAUCUUUUUUGUAUGAUUUUCAAUGGCAUUUUAUCUCUUUCUCUAUAUUUUAUUUUCUAUAUUGUUUCUUCAAUAGCCUAAACAAUAACCAAACUUGACAUUCAGAAAGCUGCAAAGGCUUCUGGGCCCUGUCUCCACAAAAACAAAAACUUAGACUUCCAGUAAAAUUUGGGUCCGACCCAGAAUAGUCAGAAUAGGGUAUUACCAACAGGCAGAUCCCUAGGAAUCCCCCAAAUUCCGGGAAAUGACCAAUGUUCUCAAUUCUGUGCUUCUCCUUUAUUGCCCAAAAUAUCACGCCUGUCCCUUCUAUUUCUAUAUCUGUGUAUACAAUGUAUAUAAAUAAAAGGUUGAAAAUGUAUAUGCCAUGUACACCUCACCCCCCUUCU